AUGACCUUGUCUAUGAAAGCUAUAGAAAUUGUGCUGAUCACCGGUUCAAGUGGUGGUAUCGGCGCCGUCACUGCUGUCGAGUUCGCCCGAUAUGGGGCUCAAGUGGUGAUCACCGGUCGUAAUGCCGACAACUUGUCAAAAGUGGCCAAACAAUGUGCAGCCGUUUCGCCCAAAGGCCUGAAACCACUGGAAGUGUUGGCAGACGUGAGUAAAGACGUCGACUGUAAACGACUGAUUGACAGUACGAUCAGUGCAUUCAAACGGUUGGAUAUUUUGGUAAAUAACGCGGGGAAAGGAGUUUUUUCUUCGAUCACUGAUCCGUCUGUUCUCGACAAAUACCGGGAAGUGAUGGACACAAACCUGCGUUCAGUCGUCUAUUUAACACAUCUAUCGGUCGAACACUUGGAGAAAACUAAAGGCAAUAUAAUUAAUAUAUCGAGUGUUGCGGGACUUAAACCG